GAAGGCUUAUUUUGCUGAAGUUUUGCUUGUGGUUACUGUGUUGCAGCAAAAUCACUGAGAAUGCAAAGAAGUCCUUGGCUUCUCUUAAGAGAGAAAACCCUCGGCUUGAGCCAACACUUGCUAUUAUUCAGGCACAUAAUGAUCAUUUGAUUCAAGAUAUAAACAAGAACUUUGCCAAAGAGGUUGGUCUAAAUGUUGUUCACAUCUGUCUCCCUGAAGGUAGCAGCAAGGACGAGAUUGUCAAUGAAAUCUUGAGACUGAAUGAGGAUCCUAAUGUGCAGGGCCUUGCCCUUGACCUCCCAGAAAGCUUAUAUAGCAGUAAGGUAUUAAACGCUGUGAAACCAGAGAAGGAUGUGGAUGGAUUAUCCAGUGUAAAUCUAGGACGUUUGGUACAUGGUGAUGCCUGUGACUGUUCAGUUCCUCCUACGGCAUGUGCUGUGAUGGAGCUUCUUGAAGAUUUGGGUGGAAAGACGGUGCUGCUGGUGGGAGCCAGUGGGGCAGUGGGUGCUGCCUUGCAGUGCAUGCUGCAGAGGGAGGGAGCUGUGACCGUGAGCUGCCAGUGGAAAGCCCUUCAGCUGCAGACCAAGCUUCAUCACGCAGAUGUGGUGGUAGUUGGCAGUACAAAACCUGAUGAUGUUUCUGUGAGCUGGAUAAAGCCUGGAACCACCAUAAUCAGUUGUUGUCAUGAUUUGCUGUCAGAGAAACACAGCUAUGGUCAGCAAAACAAUCAUGCUGCUGAAAACACUGUUGGUUCUCUCGCAAUAGCAAUGCGAAUGCAGAACAUGGUAAAAACCACAGAGCGAUGGAUCCAGUCCCAGCAGUACAGGAGGUGGGACCUCCGCUGCUUGAAACUGCGGCCCCUCUCCCCAGUGCCCAGUGAUAUUGAGAUUUCCCGAGCACAGAGUCCAAAAGCUGUUGAUGUACUUGCCAAGGAGAUAGGAUUGCUUACAGAUGAAAUUGAGAUCUAUGGCCAAACCAAAGCCAAAGUACGUUUGUCCCUGCUGGAAAGGUUAAAGGAUCAACCAGAUGGAAAAUAUGUUCUAGUUGCUGGAAUAACCCCUACACCCCUAGGAGAGGGGAAAAGCACAGUCACAAUUGGUCUCGUUCAGGCGCUUACUGCACACCUUAAUAUUAAUUCCUUUGCUUGUCUGAGACAACCGUCUCAAGGACCUACUUUUGGAGUUAAAGGUGGAGCAGCCGGUGGUGGAUAUGCUCAAGUGAUCCCGAUGGAGGAGUUCAAUCUUCAUUUGACUGGAGAUAUUCAUGCUAUAACUGCUGCAAAUAAUUUGCUGGCUGCUGCUAUUGAUGCUAGAAUCUUGCAUGAGAACACUCAGUCUGAUAAGGCUUUGUAUAAUAGACUGGUUCCGGUAGUUAAUGGUAUGAGAGGAUUUUCUGCAGUUCAGCUUGCCCGCCUGAGAAGGCUGGGAAUAAAUAAGACUGAUCCUGGGACUUUAACAGAAGAGGAGGUUAGCAAAUUUGCUCGCCUUGAUAUUGACCCAUCUACCAUAACAUGGCAAAGAGUGGUGGAUACAAAUGACAGAUUACUGCGCAAAAUAACAAUUGGGCAGGCAAAUACAGAGAAAGGAUUUGUCCGUCAGGCUCAGUUUGAUAUUGCUGUUGCAAGUGAAAUUAUGGCUAUCCUGGCACUUACCACCAGCCUUCAAGAUAUGAAAGAGAGACUGGGGAAAAUGGUGGUAGCUAAUGACAAGAAAGGAGAACCAGUAACAGCAGAGGAUUUGGGAGUAACAGGUGCUUUGGCAGUUCUGAUGAAAGACGCAAUUAAACCCACACUAAUGCAGACGUUAGAGGGAACACCAGUAUUUGUUCACGCUGGACCUUUUGCUAACAUCGCACAUGGAAAUUCUUCUGUUCUGGCAGAUAAAAUUGCCCUUAAAUUAGUUGGAGAGAAAGGAUUUGUAG